AUGCUGUCAGAACAGCUAGAGAAUGAAUUGCUGUUCCAACUGCAUUCGAAUCACCUGACCGUCCACCCGCUCGUGGAAAAGCUGUUGAAGGUGUCGAAGGUGACUGCUUUUAGAUUGGCGAAAGAGGCUGUUUCCACCAAGCACGUAGCAAAAGAUGACCCCGUCUUCAUACACGGCGAAAAACCCAGCCAUAUGUACAUCGUCAUGGAGGGUCAGUUCCAAUACAAGCGCGUAACCUCCGCGGGCGACGUCGUUCGUGAGGUGGUCGAUAAGGGCGAGGAUUGGAUUGCGGAGCCUGUGCUGUGGUCGACAGAGUGGUACCAUUUGGGCGACUGCACCGCAGCCGAUCAGAGCAGCUUGAUGUUGGUGAGCCCCCAGCAGUUCUGCAAUGAAGUGCAGCGCAACCCGACAGCCUGGAUUUUGGUCACGACCUAUUGCAAGAAUUUCUUGAAGUGGUUGAACUCUGCAGACCCCGACGAUCUCUCUGACAUUACCCAAGGCGACAACAAGGAUGUUUCGACGCAGCUGAAGAACUUCAUGGUUGUCGACGACAUGAGCAAGCUGCAGAUGCAGCUAAGCCUUCGGUCCAGAAGAUGGAAAACCAGUCCGAUCAAAGGGCCGUCUGCCAAGACUAUCAUCAUCAACACCGUAGGUAAGAUCGCGAAUCGUAGGGGGUCUACCGACUCUGCAUGA